GAUGAGUCUGUUAGAGAGCUAGGGAGCUCCGCUUAAGAAGGCAGUGGUGGAACGCGUUUUAAAGAAAAAACAACUCUUAACUCAAACUCCUGAUGCAAAUGAGCUAUAUUUUUAAAAUGCAAUAUGGGAAAUAUGAUGCAUGUUAUUGGUGUUGUUGUCCAUGUCUUUUUCCAUUUCCAAGUUAAUUUAACGGGUCGUCAGGGUUAUAUUAUGCUGCCUGAACCUGUAGCGGUGGCAGUUCCGGUCUAAAUGGCGUGUACAGUCUCGCGAGCACGCAGAGAUUUUUUGCGUCACCCACAUCAAAAACCGCCAUUCGCGCCCACUGCCUGUAACGGACGGCGCGAGUCGGUGUGAACAGGAAAGAUGUCGCUAGCCACGCUCACGACAGAAGAACUUCUACAGCUGCUUGCCAACGCUGGUUUGGAUAUAACGGAAGACGAAAGAAGAAAAUUCAUAGAGAAUGAAGUUGAUGGAGAAACUGUGGACCAUGGUCUCACAGAAGCAAUGAUUGCUUACCUUUUUGAGAAAUCAUUCAAAAAACAGUUAAAGUUUAGAGAUUUUGUUCAGCAGAACAAAGAGGUAAGCUUUAAUCUGGAGGUGCUGCCACCAUCGCCAGCUGUCGAACCAAUGUUUGUUGAUACUCCUGCUCCCUCUAAGCAAAACAGAGUCAGGCUUCCAGCUAUUAUUUCCAUUCCACGGUUUCCAAAUGAUGUGCAGCACAAAUUAGAUGCUAAAGAACCAUGCCACAAGGUGUCAAAAUACCGGAACACAAUAGUACGAACUUUGUAUGAGAUGAUGUCACAGUACACAAUGUUUCCAAGUAACCAGGAGUAUGUUCAGGUUGCCAAAGCAUUGAUCCUGAAAUAUCCAUUUCUUAAGGACAUUGAUGGCACUGGUUAUCAUACGUGGCAUAUGUCACUUAAACGAAAAUUCAAGACUGAGCGUGCACCACUGGUUGAUGACGCAGAAGUUAAAAAAUACAAAGACAAGUAUGCCCAGUCCCGGAAGUCCAAGGCCAUGGAUGGAUCAGCAGCUGCAGGGCCUAAACAGGCUAGAGCAUCUUCAGAGCUUGCGGUGAUUGGGGAGGACUCUACCUCUAUUGAGGCCCAUGUCCGAGUACUAAAAGAGCAAUACAAAAAAAUGCAGCCUGACAUGGUCAUCGUGAAAGACCGCAUGACCAGAACAUUCACAUGGAGACGAAGAGAAAUUGUGGAGGGAAUUUCUGUGGAAGACUUAAUAACGACAUACCCAUUUCUCACAACAUCCUCAGGGUUAUAUGAUGAGGUGGACUCCAUUCAUCCUGCUCCAGUGCCAGUCUAUCGACGCAUCAGAGAGAACCUCUCAGCAGUGCUUCCCAAGCUACUCAGUUUAGUCAAGGAUUCGUCACCACUUAAAAUAAUCUACCUUGAUGCAAGAAAUGAUGCCCUGGCUGAGGAGCAUGCAGCCAUUGACACUAGAGGUGGAAUUGCCCUCUUGCCAUCGAUCUUCAAGGAAAAGAUCGAAAACUUGAUGAUUCUAGGACAGGGUGAGCCAAACACUCCCUACCCAACUAUUCAAGUGAAGGUCCAAGAUUGGAAGACUGCUAUUGCAAGAAAAGCUGAAAGUGUCAUCGUAGUUGACGGGGUUAAAGUGUGCUCCUGUAUUGGGAUUGAAGAGGCAUUCAUCGCCGCAUUCUGUAUGUAUUUUGUUUUGAACAUGGAAUACCCGUCCCACCUGAAAAAUACAAUGGCUUUCUUCCAGAGAAGCAUUGCCCAGAUUUUGCUGAAUGGAGAGAAGCUGUCAACACCUGUAACUCGUAUUAUUAACCUACUGUACUGAACAAAAUGCCACCACAGUAUCAAUGCACCAAGUGUUUGCGUAGAACUUUUACCCUUACAAAACUAAUUCAGCAUAUUGGACUUGUUCAUGCGCAUGAACCUAAUUUCAGUAUCACGUGUGGUUUGAAAGACUGUCAGUCAUCCUUUUCAAAAUAUCAUUCCUUCAGACGGCAUGUUUACAGGAAACACAAACAGAACUUUUUCCCUUGCACAGAGAACAAUGACAUUAUAGAACACCCCAGUCCUGAAGAACACUCUGCUUUAGAAUUGGUCCAACAUAAACCAUCAACUAUGGAACAACUAUUGGAAGGUCUAAAAGACAACUUAUUUGGCUUCAUUUUGAAAUGUAGGGAAAAAAAUGGACUUACCCUGGCAGUACAGCAAGACAUUGUUGAUGAUCUUCACUUUUUGCUUUGCUUCUUUAAAGAGAACUAUGAUGCAUUUAUUUCAUACCAUCUUGAAAAGAAUGGGUUUAAUGUGUCUGAAUGUGAAGAACUUAACCACGUUAUGUCCUCUACACACUUUUUUGACAAAGCUUGUGAAGUUAUUCGGUCUCCGCAUAUGAUAAAAAAUCAAUGUAAAUCGAAAAUGGGUUUAAUUGAACCAGUCAAUUAUACACUUAGAAGCGCCUCAGGGGAAAAAAUUGGACAUUUUGCCUAUGUGCCAAUCAUUCAGGUGCUCAAAAAGUACUGUUCCCUGGAAGAUGUGUGGGAGCAAAUAAUUGCAAAUGGUACAAAGGCUAGCGAUAGUGAGGUUUUGCGAGAAUACAUAGAUGGAGAGUAUUAUAAGCAACACUUGUAUUUUCGAGACAAUCCACAGGCUCUACGUCUUCAUUUUUAUGAGGAUGAAUUUGAAAUCGUAAAUCCAUUGGGGGCCAAAAGGAAUAAGUACAAACUGUGUGCCUUCUAUUACACUGUAGGGAACAUAGGUGACAGAUAUAGAUCGAGACUGAGCCACAUUCAUUUAGCUUUGAUGGUACGUUACAUCCAUUUGAAAGAAUGUGGAUUAGACGCUAUACUUCAGCCCAUCAUAGAUGAUCUCAGGACUCUUUCAUGUGAUGGUUUCGCUAUAUGUUUUGAUGGGAUAGAACAGACUGUCAAAGCUGCCCUUGCCACAAUUUCAUGUGAUAACCUGUCUGCUCACAUGAUAGGAGGAUUUUCAAUGUCAUUCAAUUCUGGCAGGAUCUGUCGAUUUUGCAUGGCCUCCUAUUCUGAAAUGAAAAAAAACUUUUGUGAAGAAGAUUUUGUAUUGAGAACCACAGAUGUGCAUGCUUACCAUGUCGAAAGUGUUAUUGAUGACCAUGAGAUGGUAGCUUUAUAUGGCGUCAAAGCGAAAUGUCCAUUUAAUGAAUUGGACUACUUUGAUGUCACCAAAAGUUUCCCCCCCGACGUCAUGCAUGAUGUAUUAGAGGGGGUGUUACCUCUUGUUAUGAAAUUAGUAAUCGGUGAAGCACAGAAACAGAAGCAUAUAACCAUUCGUGAAUUUAAUGAGGAACUAAAAUGGUUGUGCUUUGGGAAAAAUGAUAUAGGAAAUAGGCCAGUGCCUUUAACAGAAAAAACUCUGCAGAAUUCUAUAGUUGGAUCUGCAAGCCAAAAAUGGUGUCUUUUCAGGGUUUUGCCCAUUUUGAUGGCUCAUCGAGUCCCACCUGGUAGUGCUUACUGGAAUGUGUACUUGCUCAGCAGAGAAAUUGUAGAGAUUAUUUUAGCUUCACAAAUCAGAAAAGACGACCUUGCAAAUCUCAAAAUACUAAUUGAAGAGUUUUUAAUGGAGAUGAGUAAUGUCUUUGGAAAUGUAUUGACCCCCAAGUGUCAUUACUUAAUUCAUUACCCACGAUUAAUUUCGAUGUAUGGACCCCUGCGCUACUUAUGGUGCAUGAGAUAUGAAAGCAAGCACCAAUAUUUUAAGGACAUGUCCAGAAGUAGCAAGAAUCUAAUAAAUGUUACACACUCUUUAUCUACUCGACAUCAGUUCAAACAAUGCUGGGAGUUUUCUUCCAAUUUAUUGGGUGAAUUUGAAAGGUCCAACAGCAGAAGCAUAAACACACCAUUUUCAGCACUUCCAGUAGACUUACAGAAGGCUUUGAAAGGACAUGAUGCCUUUCAAGAUGUGCAGUUUGAGGGCAAAAUGCUUCAGCGUGUUUCACAAUUAAAUGUAAAUAGUGUGAAGUAUGCCCUGGAAGAUGUUUUUGUCAUUGGUCAUGUCCAUGCUGAAAAAAUCCCACUAUUUUGGAGGGUGAAAUAUAUAAUCAAUGUAGAUACAUGUUGGGUGUUAUGUGGGAAGAUUUUGUGUCCACUGUCUUUUGACAGUCAUGUUCAUGCAUACAGUGUCAAAUUUGACCAAAAUUGGACAUUGUUACACCCAGGGGAUGAGGUGGAUUUUCAAGCCCUAGAUGUUUAUUUAGUUGAUGAUGCCUUGUAUGUACCGUUGAAAUAUUUAGUAUAAUCUGCCCACUUGUUCCUUGUCUGGCCAUACCCAUUAAGAUUGAGAAUUUGGUCAUUUAUUAAAUUUCAUGUUCAUCCAGUUGUGCAAUGUGAAUAGAUUUGAGAACACAUCAUUAAAUUUUGAUUUCAAUGUAUUUUGUAUAUGAAGUGUUAAAGGACAAAAAACUUCAGUGUCUCAAUUUCAUGUAAAAAAUUUGUAUACUCUCAGUGAGGCUUUUAUAAUUGUUCGUGUCUGAUGAAAUGCAUAAUUUUAGAUGUUUGUUGGGUGUCAUGCAUUUUGAAUGAAAAAUCAAUGUUUUUUUUUUUAAAUGAAUGCAUUCUAAUAACAAUUGAUGGAUUUGACAUUAACAUUGAUUGUAUUUGUAUUAAUUUGAAGUAUUUGUAACACCACUCAAAGUGAUGUAACUGUUCUUUUGUUCUAAAUAAAAUAUUUAAAUAUA